UGAACGAAAAUAUCUAUCCUCACAAGACAAUCACAAAGGAGAAUCUCAGUGCAUUCGCCAUAUCGUCGUCUCUCCAGUUCUUAUCUUUAAAGACGCUUCUGGGUUCAGGUCAAAGAAGAAAGCUUUAUCAGCUACCAAAAUACCAAUUGUAUCUGUUCUGCUUCCAAUUGGAUCUGGCAACAUCAAGAAAUCCCACCUUUUGGAAUCAAUCGCUUUGUUAUUAACAGUUUUGUAUUGAGAUUCAGUCGCUAGUAUUCCAUCUCAUCUAUCUUCCUUGAAAAUAAAGGCGAGGUUUGGGUUUGGCACAAAAUGUCAGUAGAGUGGUCAUUUGAAGCAUGGGAGGAGGUGCAAAGACAUGGAAUAGAUUUAGCAGAUAGGCUUGCACAAGGUGUAACAGGGUUGAUUCAAUCUCACAUAACUCCACCCUCGUUUCAUUGGCCUGGUCCUCAAACACCAAAGUUAUUUGAUGUGGAAUUUCCUAGACAUGGUUUUGCAAAAAGGCAUACUGGGUUUGUGACUGAUAAUCCAGCGAUUAAUGGCGUAUCUGCAAUUUUUGAUAUUGGGACAAGAUUAGGGCAAGCUGGGGCUGAUUUUGGGUCUUGUGUGAAUGGUGUUCAACAGUUCUUCAGAAGGUUUCCAGUACCAUUCAUACAUAGAGAGAAUACAGUGGUGACACUAGGGAAUCAGCUUAGUAGCCAAAUGAAUCUUAAGGCUCCAAUUAUGGAAGAAGAUUUAGGUUCAUUGGCUGAGAGGUUUAAAGACUACGAGGUAGCAGAAAAUGAUGUUGAUGAAUCGAAUGAAGAGGAAAUGUCAGGGUUCGUUACUAAAGCAGCUGGGCUUUUUGGUAAAUCACAGGGCAUUGUGAACAUAACAUCUACAUUUGAUAGUAGAACACGUAACGUGGAAGGUUCUCUAGUCGCAAGGGGAGACCUUUGGAGGGUUGAGGCAUCACAAGGAAGUUCCGUUUCAAGAAAUGAUAGUUCAUCACUCUUCCUUGUCCAGCUUGGGCCUGUUCUUUUUGUUCGUGACUCAACUCUUCUCUUACCUGUCCAUUUAUCUAAGCAACACUUGCUUUGGUAUGGUUAUGAUAGGAAGAGCGGGUUGCAUUCCCUUUGCCCAGCUGUGUGGUCUAAGCAGAGGAGGUGGCUAAUGAUGUCCAUGAUCUGUCUUAACCCCGUGUCAUGUUCAUUCAUGGAUUUGCAGUUUCCAAAUGGUCAAGUUACCUAUGUGUCUGGUGAAGGCUUAUCCACCAAUGCAUUUGUACCAUUUUGUGGGGGGCUCCUUCAAGCACAAGGACAAUAUCCUGGUGAAAUGCGAUUCAGCUUCUCCCGCAAGAAUAAAUGGGGAACACGUAUCACGCCAAUUGUACAAUGGCCUGAUAAAUCGUUUUCCCUGGCUUUUGAACAAGCUUUAGCUUGGAGGAGAUCUGGUCUCAUGGUUAGACCAACAAUCCAGUUAAGCAUGUGCCCCACAUUCGGGGGGAGCAAUCCUGGACUGCAAGCAGAAAUUGUACAUUCUGUGAAUGAAGAAGUGAACUUGAUUUGUGGCUAUUCAUACUUCUCACAUCCCACAGCAUUUGCCUCAUUAUCUCUGGGCAGGUCGAAGUGGAAUGGAAACUUAGGGACUUCUGGGGUAGUCGCGAGAGUCGAAACUCCAAUUAGCAACACAGGCCGGCCUUCCUUCUCCAUUCAACUAAACUGUGGUACCGAGUUGUGAUUUGCAGCUUUUGUGUUUCCUUUUAGUGUAAAUAGUAACUGAAAAGGCUCACAAAAUGGGGUGAAAAAGGAUCAAAGAAAGUUUUGCUCAGUUCUCAUAUGAAGAACUCUUCUUAAUCUGCUACUCUUCUUGGUAUAUAUAUCUGGUUAUAAAGUUGUUACUAUAAUGAAAGCUUCUCAAAUCUAAUUCAGCUCUUUAAUUAUAGAAAAAGCAGUAUAAUGCUAAAAUAACCUUACAAUUAGAUUAAAUAAUUUUAAUGAAAAAAUUAUAUUCAGUAAAUGACUGAAAGAUCUCCCUUCAAGUUUGCAAUUUUUUUUUCUCAUUUC